CCGGCGCCUUGCCGCCGCCGCCGCCACCCUCCCCGCGAUGCCCGUCGGGGCCUCCCCGUCGGCCAAGACCCGCUACAGCCUGGUGGACGACCGGCACGACCUGCGCGUCCCGCUGCACAACGACGACGCCUUCCAGCACGGCAUCGCCUUCGAGGCCAAGUAUAUUGGCAGCCUAGAUGUACCCCGACCAAACAGCAGGGUGGAGAUUGUCACGGCCAUGAGACGCAUUAGGUACGAGUUCAAAGCCAAAAGUAUAAAGAAGAAGAAGGUCACUCUCAUGGUGUCUGUGGACGGCGUGAAGGUGCUGCUGAAGAAAAAGAAGAAGAAGAAGAAGAAAGAGUGGGACUGGGACGAGAGCAAACUGCUGGUGAUGCACGACCCGAUCUACAGGAUAUUCUACGUGUCUCACGAUUCCCAGGACCUGAAGAUUUUCAGCUACAUUGCCAGGGAUGGCUCCAGCAACGUCUUCCGUUGCAAUGUCUUCAAGUCGAAGAAGAAGAGUCAGGCCAUGCGCAUUGUCCGAACUGUGGGGCAAGCGUUUGAGGUCUGCCACAAGCUGAGCCUGCAGCAUACUCAGCAGAAUGCAGACGGCCAAGAGGACAGCCAGAGCGAGAAGGGCAGAGAAGACCCGGAGGCGCCAGCCUCGCCUGAAGCCGAGCCAGUUGUCGCCGCUGAGGAAACAGACAUUGAUGCCGUGGACUCUAGUUUGCCGGGGAGGCACCACUUGGAGUUCAACAGGGGAGUGACAGACCUUGAUGCUGUUGGGGGAGAGCUGCCUGGCCUGCUUUGCACCAAGGGCUUGCUCCACAACGAGGACAUCCUGACGGCUUCUCCCGAGAUGCUGCUCCCUUCUUCUGCCCAGCUGCCUGAGCCAGGGACCCCUCUCUCUGCUCGCCACCAAAGGCAGCUUCUGCAGCAGCUCUUGCAGCAGCAGACGCAGCAAACACAAGUGGCCGUGUCCCAGGUGCACUUGCUGAAGGACCAGCUGGCAACAGAGGCCGCUGCCCGCCUUGAGGCCCAAGCCCGAGUGCACCAGCUCCUGCUGCAGAAUAAGGACCUCCUGCACCACAUUUCGCUUCUGGUGAAACAGGUGCAAGAACUGGAGGCAAAGCUGUUGGGAUCCAACCCCAGAGGCUCUCGGGACAGCUUGCUGGAAAUCACCUUCCGCCCCGGCGGGCUGCCCGUUCUGUGUGACCCCAGCACCCCUAUGCCCGAGGACACUCACCCGCUCCAGCUCCACCCCAGCUUCUCCAACACUGCCAACUCUCUGGCCAGCCCCUUAGGUAGGAGCGACUGCCUGGCCAAGCUGGAAUGUUUCUGCUUCCUCCCCAGUGGCGGCCCUCCCUUGGGCAGCCUGGAGCUCCUCAAGUUCCGUGAGUCGGGGAUCGCCUCCGAGUACGAGUCCAACACGGACGGCAGUGAGGAGUGGGACUCGUGGGGCCAGGAGGAAGAGCUUCGCCUGCUCAGUGUCCUCAACAAGCAGGGCCUGGGAGAUAGCUUGGACGAAGAGGUUGCCAUUUAAGAGGAGGCAGAGAUCUCAGGCCCGUGGCAAGCAAGCGACGGGAGGAGAG